AUGAGCGAUCGAUCCGACGCCUCUCUCGCAAUACUUUUACUAGAGCUGCAAAACGCUCGACUCGAGGCCAGCAAUGAACUCCAAAAAGCGCGACUCACCAAUGCUACCCUUAUCCUCCAAAACGCUACUUUACAAGUAGAGAACGCCCUACUCCGGCAGCAUAUCAGAGACCGUAUGGAAGCAGGUCCGCAUGACACGGCCACUCCGGCGGAUAUCCCGCCCGAGCACGAGAUGAGCGACUUCGAUCGAGCUGUCGCUGCAGCCGCCAUGAACCACCCCGGAUUUGAGUCCGCGUUCAGAAACGUCUUCCAGUACCCGGAGCCGACUGGCAACCCCACACAGACUAACGCCUCCACCUCAGCACAGCAGGAAGACCACGCCUUCCUUCAAGCCAGCCAGCCACAGCAGGAGUAUACCGAAGGAGUACCGGACAUGCCCGAUGUCAUGGAAAUCGGACAAGCCACUUCUCAGUGA